UACACUCCAUUCACAUUCUUUACAUCAACUGAUCACUUUCAACACAAUUCUCUCUUCCUUUCUCUCGUAUAUAGAUAAGGUGGCUAAGUUUCUUCUCCACUCUGUAUGAGAAGCAAUGGCGAAGAAUCUUAGCAGUAAUGUAACUAUUCAUGUUUUAAUGCUGUUCCUACUGAUAUCAAGAAACCAUGGGAUGAUUACAGAGUCUCCAUCUCCAAGUCCUCAACCGCAGCCUUCAGGCCUCUUACCAACACAUGGUAUAACUCCUGGCAGUCUUCAUCCUCAAGAGUGUUCUCCAAGGUGUACAUACAGAUGUUCAAAAACAGCAUUCAAGAAGCCAUGCAUGUUUUUCUGCCAGAAAUGUUGUGCAAAGUGCUUGUGUGUGCCCCCAGGCACUUAUGGGAACAAACAGUUCUGCCCUUGCUACAACAACUGGAAGACCAAAAGAGGAGGGCCAAAAUGCCCUUGAAUUUUCAGGGCUUUGUUAUAACUGCCACUUACUAAGCUUUAUGUGUCACUCUCAGUAGAGAAAAGUUUCAACGUACUAAUGCUCGAAUAUGUUCACUUUUGUUUGGACCAAUAUAGUAGCUGCAUAAUUGUUGUACAUCUUUGAAUAAGGUUUUUUUUUUUUGUCAGCAACGAUACAUUUGUAGACUAAUAAAAAUAACUUGCGUUGCGUGUGAAUAGAUAUUACCCUUAAUUGGCUUCA